GGGUUAUCAGUGGGUGAUGGUAAGUGUGUGGUGUUGAUCGCUAUGGUAGGUGGUCAGUCAGUCCUCAAGAUGACUUCAAUCAAGGAACACCUUGAAUUUAAGGAGCGGCGGGGUGAUAGCUUCGUCAAUGUGUCGCUGGGCGACCCACAGCCCUCCAGGCCUGGCCGGGUUAAGUCAGCAGGACGCUGGAAGGUCGUGGUUGGUGUGUGUGUGGUGGCUGUGGUCGCCUCUGCUGCCACACUGGCUAUCUUCACCACAGGUGGUGCUCCAGGCGGUGUUCCAGGUGGUGUUCCAGCACAGGAAGAUGAAGGUCCACUCACAUAUCUUGGCAGGAGUCAGCUUGGAGCACCUGCAGCAGGAGAAGUUAUUAAUCCCCUUCGUCAGUUGAAUCAACAGACACAGCAAGACAAUGGAGAAACCACCCACACACUCAAGGCUAAAGAACACCAAUUUGAGGAAGUAUGGGAGCCACUGGAGAAGACAGAGGCUCUAUACAUAGGCAGCCAUAGAUCACAUGGUUUCAGCCUUCAGGACACCAGCCUACAGCACUCACCCAACCCUAACUUCCAGGAGGAGACAGUGCUCCUGGAGAAGGUUGAAGAGCAUGACCGUCCUAAGAGGAUCCACGUGAAGGAUAAACAUCAGGGGUUUGUGGAAGAGACAGUAGAAGUUGAAGUGCCAAAUGAACAUGAUGGCUCCAAACACCCUAAACUUGUAGUAAAACCUCCAGUGCCAAAUAAGAAAAUUCUAGACACGUCAUCAUCAGAGAAGAAGGUGAAGGAUAAGAUGGAGUCAACCCGGCUGCCAACUACUCGGCUUGCUAGUGGUCAACGAGUUUGUGAAACCCCGGAGUGUUCUACAGCUGCGACAAGAAUCUUGGAGAGUCUAGACCUGUCAGUAAACCCUUGUGAUAAUUUCUACGAGUUUGCAUGUGGCGGCUGGAUCAAUAAACAUCCCAUUCCUGAAUCUGGCGAAACGGGCACCUUCGAUGAAGCUGGAGAUAAGUUAGACAAGCGCCUCCACCUAAUCUUGGAGACACCAGCUGUGCCAAGUGACCCAGAGCCCAUCCAUAUGAUCCACACCUUCUACGACUCCUGUCUGGACACUGACACAUUGGACAGCUUGGGCCUGGCACCUCUUGACCCACUGUUGGCAGGACAGGGAGGCUGGCCCAUGGUAGAGGACAGCUGGGACCCAUCAACAUUCACACUCUCCACUGCCCUCAAUAACCUCAGGGAUUUAAGCGUCUUCCCUCUUGUUGCCGUUGGUGUCGAUCUUGAUGUGGAGGAUGUCCAAACCAAGAUAAUUUAUAUUGACGCAGGUACUGUGCCACUGGGAGUUAGUAUCAUGGAUGACCCAAUCGAGGCAGUGGUGGGACCUUACAGCACCCUUAUGACAGAUGCUGCCAAGCUCUACCGGGAUUACAAGAGCUCCUCUGUCACUGAUGAGGAUAUCCAGAAACAAGUCCAGGAUGUUAUUGACUUUGAAAUUGCAUUCUCUAAGAUAGUAAUCAAGGCUGUAAAUGAGACAACGGACCAUAAUUGGAGAACAAAUCUCACUGGGGUGCAGACAGAUACUGAUGCUGGUACUCCAGGUCAGUUUGAGUGGUUGGCCUUCCUCAAGGAGAUGUUUACUGACACAGGAAUCACCAUCACCUCUGAGGAACCUGUCAUCUCCUUCAAGGGACCUUUUUUCACUGACUUAAGUAACCUUCUCGCAGCUACUGACACCAAGACUCUUGCUAAUGCUGUUGGCUGGUGGUGGCUGUACGAACUUCAAUUGGAGACUACUUAUGCCAUGAGGAACAUCUCUCUGCAAUUCUCCCAUGCCCUCUCUGGGCAGCAGGAGUUGCCACCACGCUGGCAGCACUGUAUGGACCAGGUCAACUACAACCUGGGAUUUGCACUCUCUAGGGAGUAUGUUGAUCAGUUCAUGGCCGACACAGUCAAGCCAGAGGCCACAGAGCUGGUGGAGGACAUAAGGUCAGCAUACGCAUCUCUCCUGGAUGAGAACACCUGGAUGCUGCCUGAGGAUUUGGUGGUGGCAAAGGAGAAGCUAGAAGCCAUUGACCCCUUUGUCUCCUACCCUGACUGGAUCAUGGAUGAUGCUCAGCUCACGCUAGCCUAUGAGGAUCUGGAGAUUGUCAACGAAAAGCAUGUUGAGAAUCUGAUAAACAUUGGAGCAUGGUAUGACUUACAUUCCCUGGCAUCACUACGGGAGGAGCCAGAACACUCGUAAGUUCCUCUUUCCCCAACGGUGGUUAAUGCAUUCUAUAACCCGCAGGAAAAUACUAUCACUAUCCUAGCUGGAAUCCUGCAGUCUCCGUUCUACUCUCAUAAUUCUCUCUCUGCACUCAACUAUGGAGGCAUCGGAAUGGUUAUUGGACAUGAAAUGACACAUGGUUUUGAUAACACAGGUCGACAAUUUGACAAAUAUGGAAACUUAAGACAGUGGUGGAGCAAUACUACCAUCCAAGCUUACAAUACACGUGCACAGUGCUUUAUUGAUCAGUAUGAUGCCUAUGUACCUCCUGAGCUGUCCACAGUUGGAUUAAAUAUAUCAAUUAAUGGACAUCAGACGGAAGGCGAGAACAUAGCGGACAAUGGCGGGAUACGUGAAGCAUUCAGAGCCUACCAGUUGUAUGUGGAGCGCUAUGGGGAGGAGCCUCGUCUUCCAGGCCUUGAUGAAUUUGACCCAAACCAUCUUUUUUAUCUUGGCUUUGCUAAUGUGUGGUGUGAGCAUAAGACAGCUGAGGUGGUACUGAUGCAGCUAUAUGGUGAUGCACAUUCCCCAGGCAGGUUCCGUGUCCUUGGUCCCCUCUCUAAUGAUGAACAAUUCAGCCAGGUGUGGGGAUGCCCAGCAGGCUCUGCCAUGAACCGUGGGGACAACCGCUGUCUCCUCUGGUAG